AUGACUGGUGGUACUGGAGGAUCUUACUGGUGUGUUGGAGCUGUAGCUCCAACAAGAAGCUGCUGGGUUUGUUUUGCUACCGAUGAGGAUGAUCGGACAGCAGAGUGGGUGAGACCUUGCAGGUGCAGGGGCUCUACGAAAUGGGUUCAUCAGACUUGUCUGCAGCGCUGGGUGGAUGAAAAGCAGAGAGGAAACAGUACUGCUAGAGUUGCUUGUCCUCAGUGCAAUGCAGAAUAUUUAAUAGUAUUUCCAAAGCUAGGUCCAGUUGUUUACGUUUUGGAUCUUGCAGAUCGACUGAUCUCAAAGGCAUGCCCAUUUGCUGCAGCGGGAAUAAUGGUGGGCUCUAUAUACUGGACAGCUGUUACAUAUGGAGCUGUGACAGUGAUGCAGGUUGUGGGUCACAAAGAAGGUCUUGAUGUCAUGGAGAGAGCUGAUCCAUUAUUUCUUCUGAUUGGACUUCCCACUAUCCCAGUCAUGCUAAUAUUGGGCAAGAUGAUUCGCUGGGAGGACUAUGUGCUCAGACUGUGGCGCAAAUACUCUAAUAAGCUACAAAUUUUGAACAGCAUAUUUCCAGGCAUUGGAUGUCCUGUUCCUCGUAUUCCAGCAGAGGCCUACCCUUUGGCAGAUCAUGUCUCUGCUACACGUAUUCUCUGUGGAGCUCUAGUUUUCCCUACUAUUGCCACGAUAGUUGGCAAGCUGAUGUUCAGCAGUGUUAACUCCAAUUUACAAAGGACAAUCUUGGGUGGAAUUGCUUUUGUUGCUAUAAAAGGAGCUUUUAAGGUUUACUUCAAACAGCAGCAAUAUUUGCGUCAAGCUCACCGCAAAAUUUUAAAUUAUCCUGAGCAAGAAGGAGCAUAAGGCUGUGAUCUCCAGAUGUCAUACAGUCUCGCCUAAGAGGUUUCCAUGUUGUGUUGGUUCCAUCAUUAUUGCACAGUAGUGGAGAAUUGUGAUAAGUUGCUGCUCCUAUUUUUAUUUUUAUUUCCUUUAAGUAUAAUAAAGCACUAUCUUGUGGCAGGUUAAAUCCUUUCAGCAACCACUGAACCUAAGAAUGUGACUUGGCUUUCAUUUUUGAGUACUUCUGUUGGGCAACAGGCUUCUGAAUUACUUUAUUUGAGCCAGUAUGCUGAAUGG